UACGUGUACUCAUCCCGAACACUGAUCAGACUUAAGGAUGCGUGGGACGUACAGUCAGGUCGAAAAUGCGUCAAACAAAAGAUUUUUGCCCUGAGUGUACUGCCCAUACGUCCUUAAUAAAGAGGGAAAUUAGCAGUGUCAACAGAGUCUGGCGACCGGCGGACAAACAACGACAACGAAAACGCGGCGUCUGGCUCCACCUACGUCAGAGUGUCCUGCACCUCGGCGUCGCGUCUCGUCGGCGUCGGCGUCUUGCAGCAGCGCGAUGCAGCCUCGAGUGGGAGAGAGAGGAGAUCGGAAAGACUUUGAUCGGUCCAGAGCCGCGCUCCAGCAGCCGGACGAUGCUGGUGCCGAUCGACAGUACCGUAUCCGCGCUGGACCGCGCAGGAAGUCAGCAGCGAGCGAGAGAACGGGCGCCUCUCUCGAGAGGAAGAGGAAGCGGAUGAAGAGG